ACAUACACACAUACAUACCAAGACAGUACACUCACACACAUACAUGCUUACAGAAGGCACACAUACACACACACGCAUGACACCAUACCACGUGACUCCAAUCGCUGGAGCCUUGCUGUUAAUGAAACUCUGCCAGGGAACGUUGGCCUUUAAUUCCGAGGCUUCAUCCCAGCUAAAUAUCCAUGUCCCUAUAUAUACACUCGACGUAUAUAUAAUGUACGAGCGUAUACACACCCGUGUAAACCAUUGUUCAUAGACAAAGUGUUUUGGUUGGAGCCAGAAUAAUAAUAAUAUUGAUAUUUGCCUUUAAUUAGAAGGAAAGGAGGCCCCCUUCUUGGUUCGCGGGUUUCUGCUUUCAGUUUUGCCUCCCUCAACAAUGCACUCAGCAUUUGAUGGUAGGACAGCAAUUACAUCGAUAAAGGACGAGCCUGUGUUUUUUGGCGGGGUUUUGUACAACAGAAGUAGCCUUGGUGGUGGUGGUGGUGCAUCUGGGCCCGGCUGUAGUCAUGUCCUGUUCUCGGAAUCCUGCUGCUGCAAACCAAGCCAGAUCGGAUGCAAGCUGGAGGCCCUCUACUUCGAUUUCACGGGGUCGCUUCUCGACGAUCCCUUGCACGAUACCCGAUUGAGAAGCAUGGAGGAAUUUCGGGAAAAUGGCAUCGACUGUUCCUUAAAAGAUGUCCUGAACACGGCAGCACAGAGAGACAAUGGUCGAGCAACGGUCGCGAUACCCGUCGACGGAAAAGGUAUUUCUAUGUCCCACAAUCGGUCUGCGACCUCCUCCAGAUGUUCGAAUCCUUUGGAUAACCACAGAAACAGCGGUAUUGGCACCAAGAACAUAAACCAGAACCAUAUAAAUGGUAACACUCAGCUUUCUUUGCUGGAAACUUCGUUGUCUUUGGAGAAAAUGAAACUGGAGGAAACUUGGAACAUUUACCAAAAUAACAUUAGCAACAACAAUAUCGACAUAGAUUCUGCUCCACACAUCCGAUACCCAGAAACGAAGGAUUUCCCCAACCAUUCCAUGUCAACCCUGGCCAGCUGCACGCCCCUAGAAACCUACAUAAAUUUCAAGGAACAGAGGAAGAAGAAGAAAUCUUUAAAGAACAAUUUCUGCGUGUUUUGCAAGAACAAUGGUGAGAAUGCUGUCUUGUACACUGGUCAUGUUCUCAAAGACGAAUUAGGCCGGGUCAGCUGUCCGGUCCUUCGAAGUUACACCUGUCCCCUUUGUGGUUCGAGUGGGGACCGAGCUCACACGGUGCGUUACUGUCCGGUCGGUGCCUGCUCGACCGUUUGCACCAAUUCCAUGGGUCCCAAAGCCGUUAAUGGCCCUUCUUCGUCGCCUGCAGAUAGCAACAGAUAUCUCAAUAGCAACCACCGCAACUAACAAGCAAAGAUGGUUCUCAGCAGACCAAAAUGGAAAUAGCAGGGAGCACCAAUUCCGUUUGUAAUUAAGGUAAAGAAAACCUUAAAUUUAAAAAGAAAACAAAAAGGUAUAGUCUUAAUGUGUCCCCUCCUCAACCAUAUUCAGUUUUUGUCUCCUAUAUAUUAAUUUUAAAAUGAUUUUAAAGGGAUUUUUAUGACCAUUUCAUCCCUAUUCUGUUUUAUAUUUCACAAUGCAUCAAGGACCCGCCUUGUAUGAAAUAUUUUUGAGUUUCCUUAAAGAGAAAAUCAUACACUUUUUUUGCUAUGGUUAAACUCUUGUCGAACGAUGUUUCGAAUCCCUGGCGGAACUAUUCUCGCUAAGCAAUUGCGGGUCCUUAAAACAAAAAAAAAAAGGCAAGAAUUUCACUUUAUUUCCAUCUCUU